AUUUAACCUAGAUCUAGAUUUCAUCCAGAUCUAACCAGAAUCCAGUAUCAAUCCAAAUAGGAUCUGAAUCCAGAAAGGACCUAAAUCUGGACUGAAUCCAAACAGGACCUGAAUCCAGCUAGAACCUAAAUCUAGAUUCAAUCCAGAUCGCACCAGAAUUCAGACUCAAUUCAGAUAGGAGCUUAAACCAGAUAGGACUGAGUUCAGUUUGAAUCCACUGUGGAUCUGAAUCCAAACUGAAUCCAGAAAGAACCUUAAUUUAGAUUCAAUCCAGAUCAGAUCAGAAUUCAGACUCAAUUCGGAUAGGAGCUCAAUCCAGAUAGAACUGAGUGCAGUUCAAAUCCACUGUGGAUCUGAGUCCAAACUGAAUCAAGAUAGAACCUUAAUCUAGAUUCAGUCCAGAUAGGAUUUAGGCCUGAGAACUGAAUCCAGACUAAAUAAAGGUUAAACCUAAUCAUCCAUAGGGGACCUGAGUCCUAUUUAAAUCCAAAAAGUACUGAAUCCAUCUAUGAUCCCUGCGACACCUGCAGCAAUGCUCCCAGCCACGGAGGCAGCCAAGAUCUACCAGACCAACUAUGUCAGGAACUCUCGUGCCAUCGGGGUCCUGUGGGCCAUCUUCACCAUCCUCUUCGCCAUCGUCAACGUGGUAUGUUUUGUUCAGCCCUACUGGAUCGGGGACGGCAUGGACACACCACAGGCUGGCUACUUUGGCCUCUUUCACUACUGCAUCGGAAGCGGGAUAUCCCGGGACCUGACGUGCCAGGGGACCUUCACAGAGUUUAGCUCCAUCCCGUCUAGCGCCUUCAAAGCUGCGUCCUUCUUCAUUGGGAUGUCCAUGGUGCUGGUCCUCUCCUGCAUCGGCUGCUUCGCCUUCUUCUUCUUCUGCAGUACAGCCACUGUGUAUAAGAUCUGCGGGUGGAUGCAGCUGGCAGCAGGUGAGUGAGUGACUGUGCAUCAUUUGGAGGUUUCC